AUUCCAAAUCACAGCAGGCGAACAAAUAUUUGUGGCCUUCUGAAAGCUCUGCAUUGAUUUUCCAUGGGCAAAACCAGUUUUCUCCCUUUCAUUCUCCUCCUCCUCUUCCUCCUUGGGUUGGGAAAAAAUGCCUGUGCGGGUAGGCAUUCUGUUAAUGGGUGUUCUGCUUGGAGAACCAACGUGGAGAGCAACAAUGCCAGGGGUUGGAAAGUGGUGCCCCCUCGCUGCGUCUCUAACGUGGGGAAAUACAUGGAAAGGGGCCAAUACUUGCUAGAUUUCAAAAUAGCCAUUGAACAAAGCCUGGCUUACGUUAAGGAUUUGGAGUUGCGAGGGGACGGUAAGGAUGCUUGGGUUUUUGACACAGACGAGACGACAUUGUCCAAUCUGCCCUAUUACAGAAAGCACGAAUAUGGGGGAGAGACUUAUAACUCUACGUUGUUCAACGCAUGGGUAGGGGAAGGAACGGCCCCUGUGUUGCCGUCCUCGUUGCAGCUGUACAAUGUUUUGUUGAGGAAAGGCGUCAAAAUCUUUUUCGUCACCGGAAGAGACGAAGAUUUUCGCGAGGUCACAACGAAGAACCUUAUGGCAGCCGGUUACAGAAAAUGGUCUGGCAUAAUCAUGAGGGGUGACAGUGAUCAGGGAACCACAGCAGUGGAAUACAAAUCGGAGAAGAGGGGGCAGCUUGUGAAGAAAGGGUAUCGGAUUUGGGGAAAUGUUGGGGAUCAGUGGAGUGAUUUAACUGGAACUUAUGUGGGCUCUCGCACUUUUAAGAUUCCCAAUCCCAUGUAUUAUAUCAGCUAGAACUGAUGAAACUUAGUAGUCUCUUGGUUGAAUCCGAUUGCAGAGAGAUUUUAGACUGUUUGGGUGGUUUUUUAGUUUUGGAUUGUAUGCUUUAGCUUAUGGAGAAUUAAGAAAGGUGGAUACGUCAGUCCUCCAUUAUUAGUGUGGGACACUUAUUUUACAGUGUCGUUUAAAAUGCCCUUCGGUAUUGAAGGAGAAAUAUAAUAUUGAAUGCACAUGUGACUUCA